AUGGCCGCCAUAGGAACAAGCACAUUUUAUGGAAAGAAGAGAGGAGACAGAACUGAAGCAGAGAGGAUUCUUUAUAAGAUAGUUGAGGGAGAUUCAGACUUAGACCUUUCAGAUGAGGAGAGAGAUGAGGAUGAAUUUGAACCUGAUGUACAAGAAGAUGGUGAAGAAGAGGAAGAAAGUGCAAGAGACUCAGAUGAGCAGACAGAAUCAGACACAGAGACAGAAAGGGAUGAGCAGGAAAGACGUCGCCAUCUGUGGACCAGGAGUAACAUAUUCACACCUGUGCUACCUGGGCUUCCUGACUGUAAAGAUGACCCUACUGCCCAUGCAGACUGGAGUCCAAUUCAGUACUUUACUCAGUACAUUGACAACAAAAUUUUUGAGAAUUUGGCUGAAUUUACAAAUCAAAGAGAGCUACAAAUUAGAGGAGUGUCUCUAAAUACUACUCCACAAGAAAUGAAGAUUUUCUUUGGCAUUUCAAUCCACAUGGCCUGCCUAGGAUAUCCCAGAAUUAAAAUGUUUUGGGGCAAAAAAACAAAAGUGCCAGUUAUAAGCAGCAAAAUGACAAGGGAUAGGUUUUUCAAGCUGAGAAGCUCACUCAAGAUUGUGGAUGACCUGGCUAUAACAGAAGAAACAAAGAAAGCAGACAUUCUUUGGAAAGUCAGGCCAUUACUUGACCGUGUGAGGCAAGGCUGCCUCAAUCUCCCAAAGACAGAGAAGGUCUGCAUUGAUGAGCAAAUCAUCCCUUUCACAGGCUGCUGUCCAGUCAGGCAAUAUGUUCCAGGCAAGCCAAACCCUACUGGCCUAAAGGUCUUUGUUCUUGCUUCUCCAAAUGGUCUGAUGCUGGAUUUUGAAGUGUACCAAGGGAAGAAUACAUUCAAUGGCCAAAGACUGGGAGUUGGACAAGCAGCAGUCCUACGUAUGGUUGAGUCUGUUCCCACUGGAAGUCACCUAUUCUUCGACCGAUACUUCACAACAAUCAAUCUCAUGGAUGCAUUGCUGGCAAAGGGCCUUCCAGCAACCGGAACCAUAAUGAAGAACCGAGUCCCAAAGGAGAGCAAAAUGCCAAGCGACAAGUUCAUGGGAAACAUCCUGAAGAUGUCUGCAACAGAUGGUACAAAAAAGAAAAAGUCCCAUGUCCCAGUGAGAAGACCAGCAGUGAUCAGGGAGUAUAAUGACAACAUGGGUGGCGUGGACCUCUGUGACCGCAUGCUGAGCUUUUAUCGCAUGUCAAAUAGGUCCAAGAAAUGGACAUUGCGUGUAGUUACUCACUUCUUUGAUGUUGCCAUCACAAACUCAUGGAUCCAAUACAAGUCGGACAGCAAAGCACUUAACAGACCAGCGAAGAACACCAAACAGUACCUGGACUUCAAAUUGCACCUGGCUGAGGAGUUGUUGGAUUGUCCAGAACUUGAUGACAGCAGUGAAACAAGUGAAGAAGAGUAUGAGCCACCAAUUAAAAUGAGGAUUCCGCAACCCGAACCAUCUGUGCGCAGACUAGGAGCCACCCACAUGCCAGAGAUGGUAGAAAUCAACCAUGCUGAAAGGUGCAGAAAUAAGGGCUGCAAAAGCAAGACGUACAUGAGGUGUACCAAAUGCAGGAUGUUUCUCUGCAUUACCAAAAAGAGAAAAUGCUUCCAGGAGUAUCACCACUAA